GUUAUAAGUAAACACAAAAUGAACUAAAAAAUAUGCCAUUUAGUUUAAUUUAUACUUAAUAACCGUCUUGAUGUGCUUUACAACUAACUGUAGUCAGUUUAUUGUUAAAGCUUUUGUUUAGUAAUUUUUUUAUUUAAAUAACACAAUUUAAACAUUUUACAAAACCCAGUCUUUCUGGAACUAAAAAUGGCAUCUAAUGAAUUCAUGGCAUUUCCACCGAAUGCCGUUAACCGAACGUCCUGGAAUGCCGAAAUGCCAACAAACAUCAUGGUGCGUCCAUUAGUGGAGUAUCCUGUGGACCAUAUCCUAGUGACCAACUCUGGAUAUUCGACUUGUGACAAGCGGGAAGACUGUAUCCAGGCCACUAGGGAACUACAAGCCAGACAUUUGCAGCAGGAUCUUCAACAGGACAUCAAGCAGAAUUUUCUUAUAGGGGGUGACGGUCUCUGCUAUGUAGGAAGAGGGUGGGUUAUGGACCCGUGGCUACCUGACGAACACAUAGACAAACUACACCAUAUGCUCCAUAUAUCGUACUUCGGGCCAAAAGGUAGACAACCUUCGGGGAUCGAGACCAAGGCUUUAAAGGAUCUAAUUGAUUUGGGUAUAGAAAAAUAUUUUGUCAGUCCAAAAGUAAUAUACCAUUACGAUUUAUAA